CAUUCUGCAGCCAUCAGCACACAGCAGCAGGAUAAAUCCUCUCUCAGUCAUUCCCUGCUGCUGGGGAGCCUUUGAUAGGUGGUGAGGGAGGGCAACCAAACAUCUGGAUGUCAGCAAGACUCUUCUGUGAAGUUUGGAAGUGACAAGUGCCAUCAUUCUCCACAUCGGGGCAGCUGCGCCCCAGAUCCGUGCAGGAAAAGCAAGCAAUCCCUUGUGAAAGAGGCAAAAGUGACAAGCAGCGAGAGCCCCUAAAUGGAAUCGUUGCUCUGUACGCUCGUUGGUGAGCGGCGGAUUGGAGAGCAAAUGGAGUGGAGGCCAGUGAAGGCAAACCGUGUACGAAGGAACCUCUUCGGCCCUGUGGACCAUGAGCAGCUGCAGCAGGACUUCCAGCAUAUGCUGCGCAGCAGCGUGGAGGGAGCCCAGCAGAAGUGGAACUUUGACUUCUUACGAGACAUGCCAGCUGAGGGGCUCCUGCAGUGGGAAGAACUACAGAGCCACGAUGUCCCGGCCUUUUACCACAGUUGUGUGGUGGGUGAGGCUCGCAAGCCUUUGAAGCCCUUGAACCAGGGUAUAGUCAAGGAGGUCAAGGCUCACCACUUUGCCACAGUGACACUGACUGAGAACCCCAAAGUUGCCAAGAAAAUGUCGGGCAAGAAGAGCCAAGCAGGGAAGAAACGAAGACAGACAUCCUUGACAGAUUACCACUCAGCUAAGAAGCAAGUCAAAACUAACACUCAAGCUGCUGCAAAGAAUUUGGCUUUCUGAAAUGAAACACAGGAUUGAUCUGCACUAGAGAUGUUAUAAAGAGCUGCCAAGUUUAUUUGACAUUUAGAAAUUGUGUGUGCAGGCUACAAAUGC